AUGAUUAAGUUAAACUUUUUUGGAUUUUUCUUUAUAGCUAUCAUCGGUUUAAAUAACGUUGCAGCAAGUAGUAAUGGACUAUUUAUGUCACCUCCAGGACCUUUAUCGGGUCUAACUUGCACAUACAAUGGAGAAACAUUCCAAAAUGGAGUCCACGUUUACGAGAAUAGUUUCUGUAGUAAAUAUUAUUGCAACAAUGGGGUUGUAGAAUGGUAUUGGGAUGAAGACUGCGAUUACCAUUUACAGGAAGCAGGUAUUGACGUAAGUAAGUGUACGAAAACCUAUACAGAAGGAGUUUGUUGUCCCGAAUAUGAUUGUCCACAAGAAGCUUAUCCAUGGUAUCGAGAAGAGUACUCUUCAGAAGCACCAGAAGAGUACUCUUCAUCUCCACCUACACCAGACUCUGCUUCAAAAACUUUAAAAUGCGUAACUGUUCAAUAAAUCUGUUAUUGUAUGAAUUUCAAUGAACAGUUCAACAUCUCAACUUCAAAUAAAAUUUCUGGUUUUAAUUUCUCUUUCAAGAUAUUUCUUUAUAAAACUGUAGUUGAAAAGUAAGCAGCUGAAAUAAUAAAAAUACAUUCAGAAAGCAGAAAAAAUUGAUAAAAAAAUAAUGCAAA